AUGUUGGGUUUUGUUUUUUUUAAUUUCCACACAUUUGAUCAAAUAUGUUCUUUUCUAGCUGUUUAUUUUGAACAAAAACGAUGGGACGAUUGUAUAAAAGAAUGUGAAAAAGCUAUAGAUCUUGGAGGCGAAAAUAAAGCUGAUUAUAAAUUUAUUGCCAAAGCUUAUGCUCGUAUAGGAAAUGUAAAAGUACAAGAAAAAAACUCUCAAGAAGCUAUUAAAUAUUUGAAUCGAUCACUUUUGAAAGAUCGAAAUCCGGAUACAAUAAAAAGAAAGCAAGAAAUUGAAAAAAUCCUUAGAGAACAAGAAGAACUAGCUUAUAUUAAUCCAAAAUUAGCUGAACAAGAAAAGACUAAAGGAAAUGAAUUUUUUCAAAAAGCUGAUUAUCCAAGUGCACUUAAACAUUAUACGUAA